UUAGCAUCCCCUCACUGAGUAAAUCAAACUUGUGCUCAACUCCUCCUUUAAUCAGUGACCUUUUAAGAAAGCUGAAAGCCUCUUACCCCUGACGCUGGCUGAAGGAUGGCACCAUAGUGGCCCCUGACUCCCCUUGGCCAGCCCAGGGCUGAGGAGAGGACAACAUGUCUGCGACCGGAGGCAGCAGGGCUGCGGGGGCCUUCUCGCUGGACGAGCCCAGUGCCAAGCUGUUCUGCUGCAGCCCUUUGAGGCGCAGGGUCCCUCUGGCCAUCAGGGAAGAGCUCUACUGCAUCCUGCGUCUGACCGGACCCCUGGUUUCGUGUCGUACUCUGAAUUACCUCUUGCCCUUUGUGGUGACGAUAUUCGUUGGCCGCCUUGGGAACAGUGCUCUUGCUGGUUAUGCCAUGGCCUGUGCUGUUAUAAAUAUAUCAAGUGCAUCUACGGGUCUUGGAUUAACCCUAGCCUGUGACACACUAAUUUCUCAGACGUUUGGGGCGAAGAACCUGCUGCGUGUGGGGGUGAUCCUGCAGAAGAGCAUCCUGAUCUUGCUGCUCUUCUGUCUGCCCUGCUGGGCACUGCUGAUCAACUCCCAGGCCAUCCUGCUGGUGCUGGGACAGGAGCCUGAGGUGGCCAGAAUAGCAGAAAUAUAUGUGUUUGCAUAUCUUCCCGCCAUACCGGCUUUGUUCAUGCAUCAGUUAAUGAUGUCCUAUCUACAAAACCAGGGGAUAAUUUUACCACAGGCAUAUUCAGCUGUUAUGUCCAAUAUUUCCAAUCUAUUAACACACUACGCUCUGGUCUCCUGGCUGGACCUCGGAAUCAUAGGGUCUGCGGUAGCCAACUCUCUCUCGAUCAUCUACAACAUGCUGUUCCUCUUCCUCUGCAUCUACUGGAGGAAGCUGCACGUGACCACGUGGCCAGGCUGGAACUCAGACUGCCUGCAGGAAUGGGGUUCUUUGAAGCUGGCCAUCCCCAGUGCCUUCUUGUGCUGCUUUGGGUGGUGGAUCUAUGAGAUCGGAGGAUUCCUAGCAGGUAUGCUGAGUGAGGAGAACCUCGCAGCCCAACAUGUGGUCAUCAUGCUGGCCUACAUUAACUACAUGAUCCCUUUAGGCAUCCAAGGGGCUGCCUGCAUUCGUGUGGGAAAUGCACUAGGUGCAGGAGACACUGCAGGAGCCAUCCUCACCAGCAAAGUGGUUUUGAUCUUCGCAGCUGUACUGGCCAUUUUUCAAGGUGUCAUCCUACUCAGCGCAAAACAUGUACUUGGAUACAUUUUUACCUCUGACGAGAAUAUUGCUGCACUGGUGGCAAAGCUCUUAGAUGUCUAUUGUGUACUUCAGUUUUCCGACGCAGUUGUGUGUGUCAGCAUGGGUAUUCUUCUAGGAUUAGGACAGCAGAGGAUAGCAGCAAUAGCUUUUCCAAUUGGAUACUACUUGAUUGGGCUUCCACUACUGAUAGCCUUGAUAUUCGCCGCUCAACUGGAAGUCAUUGGCUUUUGGCUUGGCCUUCUCAUCGCAUCCGUUCUGUUGGCGGUCUUUUUCGUCAUAGUCAUCUUCAAGCUGGACUGGAAGAAAAUGACAAAAGAAGCCGUAGAACGAGCAGGCAAAGCAGUCAAUGUGGAUUCAAUGACAUCACUAUCAGAGCCUGAACCGGACCUGUUGAUCUCAGGAAACAAAGCCAUGACAGAGAACGGCCAUGGGUCUGUGGUGCUGCAGGAGGAGCAGAAGGCUCAGGGCAGUAAGAGGCGGCAGCCUGCAGCCCUGCUCUCUCCCUCUCAGCUCCUUCUCAGGAGAGGCCUCACUGUGCUGGCUCUCCUCCUCACCCUCGGUGUGGGUGUCACAGUCCACCUCCUCCUGCCUCUACCAGAGUCCUCCUGGAGCUCAAGAACCAACGGCACCAUAGACGCUGGAAACUGGACCACUGCCACCCCACUGGAACAAAGUACAAUGUGGAUGUAGACAACAAAGGGAUUAGGGACAAGAGGCUAAAUGUACAUAUGUGCAGUAGGCUAUAUACUUGUGCCUGCAUGGGGCAAACUGAUACACUUUCCAAGUUUCAUUCAUUUCACUUAUGAGUUGGUCUUUUGGAAUUAGGAGGUACCUCAAGAUGUAUGAUAGCCUACUUGUGUUUGUGAGAAACAUCAAUCGCAGCUUUGACUGGGUAUGUAGAUGAACAAUAUGUUUUUUGUUAAUAAUAAAAAAAAAAAGCUUAUUGAGGGAAUAGCACAAACUCUGUUGGGGAGGAGAUGUUGAACUGCUAAUCAUUUUGACCACAUGGUAUACAUUGGAAAUAUGAUACAUUUAAUGUAUAUUGAUGAAAUAUCCAUUUUUAUUUUCAAAAAGAAUAUGGUUAUUUCAUAACCGCGAUUCCCUGUGUAUACUGUACUGUAUCAAUGAAAUGUGCACUCGUUUUACUAAAUUGUGGGCUUAUUUGCUAAA